AUGGAUAGCUGGUUUGCGCUCGCUCGCGCGCGCGACUACGCUACAUGUAGGGACAUGGUGUUCGGCUCAAAGCAACCGCGAAAACCAUCAUCAAACCAAGAAGAAACGCGGGCGAUCGGGAUGGACCUCCUAGAGCAACCCCUCGAGGCCGUCGCCUUCCGUCUCUACUCCCUCCCCGAGGUCGCCGCGGCCGGCGCUGCGGCAUGGACCUGCCUCGCCGCCGUCCUCGCCGCCGCGGCCGCCGCGGGCGUCUGGCGCCUGCGCUCCUCUGCGACGGCUGGUUUCACCGACGACCCGAAGCCCCUGCAGUUGGAUACGUCCACGUCGCUGGUUUCUUCAUCGGAGACGAGGAGAUCGCCAGAGAUGCCGACGACAUCAGUGCCGGCACCCUCGCCCAAGGAGAGGUACACGGCGUACUACCAAGACGGCGGCCGCGUCGGAUGCUGCGGCGUGGAGAGUGACGACGAGGAGGACGAGGAGAAGCUGGACCCGCAAGACGAUUGCGUGUACGGGCCGUGGGGGAAGAAGGAUCUGUUCGAGUGGGAGGUGGUGAGGUCUCUGGUGCCUGUCGUGGCGACGGCGACCACUGACGUGAUCGGGCGGUACCGGAGCCCCAGAGCGGUCAGCGGCACCGUCGUGCGGCUGUGGGAUCAAGGAGCUCAGCUGGGCUUAACGGCGGCGAUCCCCAGACGGGGGAUUAUUAGAGCUAGCACAGCCUCGAGCUUCUGAUCGCUCCAAAUUCAGGAGUAGCAAUAAAAUGUACUGAUAGUAGCAGCAGCAGCUG